GAGAAAGUCUUUUAUUCAAAUUAAUAAUUCUCAUUUUUUUUUUUAAUUCAAUUUUAAUAAUUUUAUAGUAAAAUUACAUCCACACAACACUUGUGGAGGAGUGCUAUAUAAACUAGCUUAGAAGUUGAAAGUUAUAAGCAUAGAAAUAUUUGUGUGAGUUUUUCUUUUGAUCAAUAUAUAGUAAUUAAUAAUAAUCAUAUCAUCAUUAUGGGUUCUAUUAAUGAAAAUACUAUUACUACUACUCAAGAGUUAUCCCAAGGUUAUGUCAAUUUGUACAAGCAUAUGUUAAGCUAUGCAAGUUCUAUGGCUCUAAAAUCAGCUGUGGAGUUAGGCAUACCGGACAUAAUAUUCAACAAAGGCAAAGACCAAACCAUUUCUCUUCAUGAGUUGGUCUCUGCCCUUCAAAUUCCUCAAUCGAGGACUAACUUUCUUCGUCGUGUGAUGCGUGUACUGGUACACUCUGGCAUCUUCACAAACGAAAAAGGAUACAACGACGACAAAGAAGAAGAAGAAGUAUAUGGCCUCACGCCUUCUUCCAAAUUACUUUUGACUGGUGGUAAAAAUAAUGGCGUCCCAAGCGUGGGGCCCUAUGUUCUUGCGGUUCUUGAGCCAGUUACUGUAACUGCAUUCGGGUCAAUUGGAAAUUGGCUAAAGAAAGAAAGUCCAACCACGCCAUUUCAUUUAGCCAACGAUGAGGGGUUGAGCUUGUACGAGUACUGGGGGAAGAAUACUGAUGGAUUCGGUGAUCGUUUGAAUGAAGGAAUGGAAAGUGAUUCCGGGGUUUUGAAAUUUGUUCUCAAGGAUUUUAAGUCGGUUUUCGAGGGAAUAACUACAUUGGUAGAUGUUGGAGGGAAUACCGGAUUAAUGUGUAAGAUGCUCCUUGAAGCAUUUCCACACUUGCAAUGCUCAGUGUAUGAUCUAGCCUAUGCAGUUGAUGCCAAUUCUCAUAACAAUACUCAGAACUUGAAGUUUAUUGAGGGUGACAUGUUUCAAACAGUUCCUCAAGCUGAUGCAAUUCUAUUCAAGUGUGUUUUAUCAGGUUGUAGUGAUGAGGAAUGCACUAAGAUUUUGAAGAAUUGUAGAGAUGCAAUCUCAAGGAAUGGUGGAGGAAAGGUUCUGAUAAUAGACAAUAAUGUCAUAAAUAGCAAAACAGAAGAUCAUUUAGCAAUGGAGACUUUGCUCUACUUUGAUAUGUUAAUGAUGACUGCUUUGACUGGGAGAGAGAGAACCAAAAAGGAUUGGGAGAAAAUCUUCUUUGAAGCUGGUUUUAGUAGCUGUAAAGUUACACCCAUGUUUGGUGUAAAGACACUUAUUGAGGUUUUUCCUUAAUUAAUUAGUGAUCUAAUUAUGGUGUGCUAUACCCUUGAAAUAAGCAUAUAAUCAUUAGUAUUAUAUAUGCAUAUUAUCUAUCACCAAGGGAAAUAAAAUUUCUUUUUUUUUUUGAAGGAAAGAGAAAUAAAAUUUAAUUACUUUCUAUCUUU